CUCUUAUUAUUAGCUGCGUAAUAUUCUCACCAUCUCUCUCCUCUCUGUCGUCCCUCGUAAGAGCUCCAGAUCGCGACACAGAUCGCUGGAGAAGACGCAGGAUCGGCUAAUCGCCCGGACGGUUUGCCGAUCCCCGUCUCCUCCGACGACUCCUUCCCCCCCUCGGCGGCCGUCGAGCCAGCUCAACCGAGGUGGCCUGGCACGUCGUCUGAGAAUAUUUUGGGGAGGAGAACGCUUAGGGUUUCUCACUCGCUCAUUCUCCUUUCCUUGAUGAUAUUCGUUGCCUGACAUUUGUCCCUUGGGUACUAUUGAGAGCCAUUAUGGGGGGAUUUAGCAGCGAUCAUAUAAGGCUCAUUGAUUGCUAGUUGAGUUUUUCACAUUUUGCAAUUGAUCCACCAUUCCUUUUCGUCAGGGAAUCUGUUGAUUCUGCAAGUUGUUCUUGCAUAGUUGAUUCUACAAGUUGCUGGGAACUGAAGCUUGGCUUCGUAAUCUGCUGUAAGGAUCCAAUAUUGUGCAAAUCGCAAUGCAGAAUGUUGUAUUGAAGUGUCGGCUAUCAUAGUGCCUGAGGAUCUGGAAGGGUGCAGGGUAAGAUGUAUGGAAAGACACUUCCAAGGCAUGUAUCUGACUCUAAUCGAAGAAUCAUUGAGACAAGCGGUCCAUCAAAGAGGGUGUAUCAAGUGUGGCAAGGAAGCAAUAAGUUUUUUUGGGGAGGGAGGCUUAUAUUUGGUCCAGAUGCAAGGUCUCUGGUGCUCACAAUAAAUCUUAUUGCAGUUCCUGUUAUCCUCUUUGCUAUAUUCGUCUCUCAGAAGCUGGUCCAUGAGUUCCAGCAUCAGUUUGGGAAUCUUAUUAUAGCUAUUGCUAUUAUGUUUGCUGCUUAUAAUAUUACUCUUCUCCUUCUUACCUCUGGCAGAGAUCCAGGAAUUGUUCCACGUAACGCCAAUCCACCUGAACCAACAGAUAUUGUCUCACCUGGUACAUCUACAGAGUGGUCCGGAAGCCAUGGUGCUCCAGCUUUACCGCAAACUAAAGAUGUAUUUGUAAAUGGCACUUUUGUGAAGGUCAAGUAUUGCAACACAUGCAUGCUUUAUCGCCCCCCUCGUUGCUCUCACUGCUCAAUCUGCAACAAUUGUGUGGAGCGCUUUGAUCAUCAUUGUCCCUGGGUUGGGCAGUGUAUUGGAAGAAGGAACUACCGUUUGUUCUUUAUGUUUGUGUCCUCGACGACCCUUCUCUGCCUGUAUGUCUUUGCCUUCUGUUGGGUUAAUCUUAAAAAGAUUAUGGAUGUGCACGAAUGCAAUCUUUGGGCAGCUGUUGCAAAAUCACCUGUUUCUGGAAUUCUCAUCAUUUACACAUUUAUAGCAGCUUGGUUUGUUGGCGGUUUGACAUCCUUCCAUAUUUACUUAAUCUGCACCAAUCAGACAACCUAUGAGAAUUUUAGAUAUCGAUACGACAGCAAAAUGAAUCCAUAUAACCGUGGGUGCUUCCAAAAUGUCAAGGAGGUUCUCUUAUCUGAAGUUCCCAAGUCCAUGAAUAAUUUCAGAGCAAAGGUGAAAGAGGAUUCGACUAGAUUCGCCUCAUCGCAUUCUAUGGGGCGAGCCAUCAGUCCAGAUGUACCAAAGACAAGCUAUGAUCUCGAGGUUGGUGCAAAAAGACAUACUGUGGUCGCAGAGGAACUUGAAGACAUACAAAGCCAGUUUGAGUGUGGAGCAUCAGCAAGAUGUGAUCUCCAACCGCCACACCCAAGCUGGACAGAUGACAAAGACCACUGGGAGAUAACAAAUGACAUAGAGGCACUGGAGGCUGAAUUUAGAAUGGAAAAUACCUAUGGACACAGAGGAAAUAUUCAUUGAAAAUGUUGGGAUCAGAAUGGUAGUUGCUAAUUCCGCUAACUGGUGCAUCCCCUUGUAGGUUAACAAGGCAGUAAAAAGAACUUUCGUGUCAUUAAAACUGAAAAGCAGAUGCCUCUCUCUCUCUCUCUCUCUCCCCCCGCCAUUUUUUUUUUAUUUUACAUUUUGAACAAAUUUGUAUAAGGAGAUCGAUGUGCCAUAAUAUUUGACUUGUAUACAUGAAGUUGAGAUUUGGAGA